UCUCUCUCUCUGGGAUCGUGGUUUCAUCGUAUUCAAUUCGUUUUCCAAGGAUGCCCGAGAAAAGGUCGAGAAAGCAAAGCAACCGCGGCUCUGAUUCAAAAACGAUUGAUAACCAGACAAGUGAAGAGCAAUCAGAGGAUGUUUGGUCCCGGCCAAACUGGCCACCACGCACGGAGAAGAUAUUUGUAGAAUUGCUGAUUGAGGAAAUGAAAUACCACUUGGACGUGUGUGUCAGUGGAUUUGAUGAGAAGGCAUGGGAUCGUGUCUGCAAGGAAUUCAAUCAGGAGACAGGUCUAAAUUAUGAUAAAAAGGAACUGAAAAAACACCUUACUAUUUUAAGAAAACGGUACCGCAUUGUAAAACCUUUAUAUAACCACGGUGGCUUUGGUUGGGAUUAUCGUCGGAAGAUGGUGGAUGUUGAUGAUCAUAUCUGGGCAGAAUAUAUCCAGGCGUAUCCUGAGAUUAAGCCAUACAGGAAAUGGGGGUGUCCAAUAUAUGAAGAGCUAUGCACGAUAUUUACAAAACCAAAGGCCACUGGGCAGUAUGCCUAUGCAAGUACUGGUUGGAGCAGGUCUGGCAGCAUUGAUCUUCCACGCUCACAUGGAUGCAACAAGCGCCAGGCGCAGGCAGCGCAGCCUCAGGUUUCAGGUGCCAACAAGAAACAUCACAAAGGAGCUGAGAAUUCGAAGGGAGCUGCAGCAUGUAAAAGUACUGAUGACCCACAUUCUGCAAAUAAUUGCAUUGCAAUAAUAAAUGGUAUGCAAGGUGUUGAUCGCCGCACUUACAAUGCAGCUCUGGAUUUGUUUCAGAACCUAUGCUGGAGAAAAACAUUCAUGUCAUUGAAAAGUGAGAAACGUUUGACCUGGUUGAAGGCCAUGCUUCCCGGUGUUCAAUGAUGCAAGGGGUGGCAGUGGGUGAAGAAGUCAAAAUAGCUGUGGCUUGUGAUCAUGUCACCCAUGGUUUUUGUUAGACUUUUGGACAAUGAAACUCAGGAAUGGAAGAACUAGCUCUUCAUCAUUCACUAGGAAUAUAUAUAGCAUGAAUUUGCUACUUUUAGU